AAAAGGAUGGAUUCUACCUUAUCUGGUUUCACCAAAUGAGAAAGUAAGCUUCCUUUUUUCCAUUUCAAUGGCGAUUUCAUCACUAACCUUCCAAGCACCACUACCAAUUUCGUCUUCACUCUCCUCAAAUCAAUGGAUCUCCAUCAUCAAACGCCACGCAAAACUCAAAGACGACACUUCAAUCCUCUCAACUUAUUCCCAAAUGGAAUCCAACAGAAUUCUCCCCGACGUCUCCAUCUGUCCUAUCAUCCUCAAAUCCUGCGCCAAACUUCAAGCAUUCGAAACAGGAAAAAAAUUGCAUCUUGAUAUCAUUCAUACUAAUCUAUUCAAAGACCCAAGAGUCCAAACUGCUUUAAUCGAUUUCUAUUGUAAAUGCGGCUAUCUACAUAUCGCAUUCCAAGUAUUCGAUGAAAUGAAAAACAGAGAUGUUGUGUCUUGGAACGUUAUGAUUUCUGGAUUAGUUAAAUGUCGUGAAUAUAUCGAUGCAAUCGAUAUGGUUAGACGAAUGCAGAUGGAGAAUGUAGAAGUUAGUUCGGUUACUGUCGUGGCAUUACUUAUGGCUUGUGGUGAUAUUGGUGAAUUGAGGAUUGGGAAAGAGAUACAUGGAUAUUGUUUGAGGUAUGGAAUAUUUGAUUGUAGUUCGCAUGUGGGUAGUGCUUUGAUUGGUUUUUAUUUGAGAUUUGAUCAUAGUUUUGCUCGGUUAGUGUUUGAUAUGAUGGAUUUGAAUUCGAGGAAUGUUGUUUGUUGGAAUUCAAUGCUUAGUGCGUAUUCUGAUUGUUGUGAUUACUCGAGAGUGAUUGAUCUUUUCGUGGAGAUGAUUGGUAAUGGGAUGGACUUUGAUUUAGUUACAGUCUUGAUUGUUAUACAAGCAUGUGCUGAAAUCGGUUGUUUGGAAUUGGGUGAGCAAGUUCAUACGCUAGCUGUUAAACGUGAUUUCAUCGAUGAUUCUUUCUUGUUAAAUGCAUUGGUUAAUCUAUAUGGCAAAAAUGGUAGAUUCGAUUCUUCCUGUUAUUUAUUCGAUUCCACGCCAAUCAAAGAUGUUGUUUUAUGGAAUUCUAUCUUAUCAGUUCAUGUUAACAAUUCUCGUCUUCAUGAAGCUAUGGAUUUGUUCUUCAGAAUGCGAUUCGAAGGGUUCAAGGUGAACAAUACUACUCUUUUAAUACUAUUGUCAUGUGUUCGAAACCUGAAACUAGGGCAAAGCCUGCACGCUCUGAUAAUCAAAAAUGAGUUGGAUUCGACAAAUUCUUCUGUUGGAAAUAUGCUGAUUACUAUGUAUGAAGAGAUGAAUCGAGUGGAUGAUGCAAUGAAAGUAUUUAACAAUUUACCCAAUCCUGAUUUGAUUUCGUGGAAUUUAUCGAUCAUGGCAUUGGCUCGAGCUGGGGUUAGAGAUCGAGCUUUCCAGGUUUUCGGUCAGAUGGAAAGGAUCAAGAGCAAACCGAACUCGCACACUAUGAUUGCUUUGCUUGCUGCUUGUGAUUCAGAAUCUGAUAACUUACUAAGAACUGGUAAGUCUAUACAUGGAUUCUUGAUUAGAAAUUUCAUUGAGAUGAACUCUUCUCUAAAUUCUUCACUUACAGAGAUGUAUAUGAACUGCAAAGAUUAUUCAACAGGAAUAUACUUGUUCGAAACAUAUCUUCAUCGAGACGUGAUCUCAUGGAACUCUUUCAUGUCUAGUUGCGUAAAUAACGACUUAAACGAUCAAGUUGUGGAGCUUCUCCAUCGUAUGAUCUUAGAAGUAGAACCGAAUAAUGUUACAUUCAUUAACAUUCUCACGUCGUGCAUUAAUAUGGGAAAUCUCCAUCACGGAAGAUGUGUACACGCUUACGCGUUAAGGAGAGAAUAUCAUCUCGAUUUCGAUUUGUCGCUAGCGAACGCUUUCAUAGCUAUGUACGCUAGAUGUGGUAAGAUUCAUUACGCAGAAAAAGUGUUCUUCAGAAUGCCUAAGAGAAACGUUAUAUCGUGGAAUGCGUUAAUAGACGCCUAUGGUAUGCAUGGACGAGGCCACGAGGCUAUGUUAACCUUCUCCGAGAUGAUGGAAUUUGGUUUUAGACCGAAUUCAGUUACUUUUGUUUCUAUUUUAUCUUCGUGCAGUCAUUCUGGUUUGACAAACGAAGGAUUGCGGUUAUUUCACUCGAUGAAACGAGAUUUCUUCGUAGAACCGGAGCUCUCACACUACGGAUGCAUUGUCGAUCUUCUUGGUCGAUCUAGUUGUUUAAACGAAGCGUGGGAGUUCAUUAACACGAUGCCUAUCUCUCCAGAUGCGUCCAUCUGGAGAGCUCUUCUUAGUGCUUGUCGGGUUCAAUUAGAAACUCGACUAGCAGAAAAGGUAUUCGAGAGACUUAUUGAGUUGGAGCCGAGAAAUGGUGGUAACUAUGUUUUGAUGUCGAAUAUGUACGCUGCUUCCGGCCUAUGGUCGGAAGUUAGAAAAGUGAGAUUGUUAAUGGUGCAAAAUGGAUUAAAGAAGCCUCCAGGAAAGAGUUGGAUUGCGGUUAAAGGUGAAGUUCAUUGUUUUAGAGCCGGAGAUAAAUCUCAUGCGCAUUCAGAUGUUAUAUACUCGAAUCUACGUUGUUUGUUGUCGUCGAUUAAGGAAAUGGGAUAUGUUCCGGAUAUGAGUUGGGUUUUGCACGAAACCUACGGUGAAAGUAAUGGUCUUGAAAUGCAAGUUACAAGAACAAUAUAGCGUUUUCAAUGAGAAUAGAUU